AUGAGAAAAGGAGACAUGCCUCUUUUAAAGCAGCAAUCAAGUCCUUGCUUGGGAAAGAACAUGCCUCGUCAAUUCCCAAGGGUAACUCUGAGUGCGGCACAAGAGGAGACACAAAUCUUAGCAGAGAAGGUAUAUGCAUCAGCGCUGAAAGAGGAAGACAGUAAAGAUGCAUCAUCCAUGUUCAGCGUGCCUGAGGACUGUCCGAUUGAACUCCACCAAGCCAAGGAGCAUGAGCUGCUUAAGGAGCUGGCAGAGCAACAGUCAGAAGAGAGUGCUAAGAGGAAGAAAAGCCUCCAGAUGAUUCGUUCCCGGUCAAUGUCCCUGCAGACUCCAGUGAAUACAGAUUGUCCACGGUCAGUGACUGUCACGCCAUACAUGUCCCCUAGCUCCACCUGCUCAUCUAUGCCAGAAAAUUGCCCAGAAUACCAGAGAGUUACUAUCAGCGGUGAUUACUGUGCAGGAAUCACAGUGGAGGACUAUGAACAGGCAGCUAAAAGCCUUCUUAAGGCUCUGCUCAUUCGUGAGAAAUACUCAAAACUGGCCUAUCACAGAUUGUGCAGGACCACAGCCCAGUUCCUCCGCAGUGCUGAGAACAUGAGAUGGAGCGAAGAAGAUGAGGUUCUACCAGAUAUGUGCCCACGUCCAACAGAAGGAGAUGACCCCUACAGUAUGGAAAACAUCCCAGAGAACCUGAACUAUGAGCUGCAGAUGAAGGAUGGAAUAGUGAAUGUGUAUGACAGCGCUGAGGCUCUGAGAUUAAACCAGCCACAUGACCUUCCUUACCCAGACUUAGAGACUUUUGCCAUAGACCUUAGUCAUGUGCUGGCAAUGAUUGCAGAUGGACCCACGAAGACCUACUGUCACAGACGACUUAAUUUCUUGAGUUCAAAGUUCUACCUGCAUGAGAUGCUUAAUGAGAUGGCAGAGCUAAAGGAACUGAAAAGUGUGCCCCACAGAGAUUUCUACAAUGUUAGGAAGGUGGAUACACAUAUCCAUGCAGCUGCCUGCAUGUCUCAGAAACAUCUGCUGACAUUCAUUCAGAAAACAUAUAAGACUGAUGCAAACCGCGUGGUGCUGGAAAAGGAUGGACAAAAGAUGACUCUCCAGCAGGUUUUCCACAGCAUCAAUAAGGACCCCUAUGACCUUACUGUAGACUCCCUGGAUGUACAUGCUGGGAGACAAACCUUCCACCGCUUUGAUAAAUUCAAUUCGAAGUAUAAUCCCGUGGGAGCCAGCGAACUUAGAGAAAUCUUCCUGAAAACUGAGAACCUCCUUGAUGGAGAGUACUUUGCUCGCUUAGUUAAGGAAGUGGCUCAUGACCUGGAGGAGAGUAAGUACCAGCAUGCUGAGCCACGCCUGUCCAUCUACGGAGGCUCUCCAGAGGAGUGGGACAGCCUGUCUAAGUGGUUUAUUCACCACAGAGUACACUCUCCGAACAUGAAGUGGGUCAUCCAAGUGCCCAGAAUAUAUGAUAUUUUUAAAUCUAAGGAGCUGGUCCCGGAUUUUGCCAAGAUGCUGGAAAACAUAUUCCUUCCUCUCUUUGAGGCCACUGUUAACCCACAGAAGCACAAAGAACUUCAUGUUUUCCUCAAAUAUGUGUCAGGCUUUGACAGUGUAGACGAUGAGUCCAAACACAGCGAUCACAUGUUCUCCUUCAGGAGCCCAAAGCCAGAACAGUGGACUACAGAUGAAAACCCUCCCUACAGCUACUACCUCUUCCAUAUGUAUGCAAACAUCAUGGUCCUCAACAAUCUCAGAACAGAGCUUGGCCUGAGCACCUUCCAGUUCCGUCCCCACUGUGGAGAAGCUGGGUCAAUCACUCAUUUGGUCUCUGCCUUCCUCACAGCUGACAACAUCUCACAUGGACUCACCUUGAAGAAGAGCCCUGUGCUGCAGUACCUGUACUACCUGGCCCAGGUGCCAAUUGCAAUGUCUCCACUCAGCAACAACAGCCUGUUCCUGGAAUACUCCAAAAAUCCUCUGAGAGAGUUCCUGCACAAAGGCCUGUGUGUGUCCUUGUCCACAGAUGAUCCCAUGCAGUUUCACUACACCAAGGAACCACUGAUGGAGGAGUACGCUAUAGCAGCUCAGCUGUGGAAACUAAGUACUUGUGAUGUGUGUGAAAUAGCCAGAAACAGCGUGCUGCAAAGUGGACUGUCUCACGAGGAUAAGAAGCACUUCCUAGGGGUGAACUAUCUGAAAGAUGGACCAGAGGGAAAUGAUAUCCGUCGGACCAACGUAGCCCAGAUCCGCAUGGCCUACAGACAUGAGACACUAUGCAAUGAACUUAGCUUCAUAGUUGAUGCAGUGAAGUCUGGCGCUAUGAACUUACAGAAUUCAAGCAUGCAGAGCUCUUAGUAAUUAACAUUAACAAAAAAAAU